UGUUGUGAAUCGGAGGCCAGCGGAGCUACAAUGCCAGACGGGGGAGCCCCUUUCUCAGCAACACAUCGCAGCAUCACAGCCUCGCCUCACUGAAAAAAAGACGGACAGGAGAGCAAUGCAAAGGGAUGCAAGAUGGCAGAGCUACAAAUGCUAUUAGAAGAGGAAAUCCCGGCCGGUAAAAGAGCGCUGGUGGAAAGCUAUCAGAACCUGUCCCGGGUGGCGGAAUACUGUGAAAACAAUUAUGUUCAGGCUCAAGACAAAAAGAAAGCCCUGGAGGAGACCAAAGCCUACACCACUCAGUCUCUGGCCAGUGUUGCCUACCAGAUCAAUGCCUUAGCAAAUAAUGUGCUGCAGCUGCUGGACAUCCAGGCUUCACAGCUGCGGCGCAUGGAGUCCUCCAUCAACCACAUCUCCCAGACGGUGGACAUUCACAAGGAGAAAGUGGCACGUCGAGAAAUUGGCAUCUUGACCACAAACAAGAACACCUCUCGCACCCACAAGAUCAUCGCCCCGGCAAACAUGGAGCGGCCUGUGCGGUACAUUCGGAAACCCAUCGACUACACGCUGCUGGAUGACGUUGGACACGGUGUCAAAUGGCUUAAAGCCAAGCAACAUGGGAACAACGCAGCAGGACGAGGAGGCACUAUUUCCAGGACCAACCCACCCUCACAGAAACCCCCAAGCCCCCCUAUGGCUGGUCGGGGUACGCUCGGACGUAACACCCCUUACAAGACACUGGAGCCAGUGAAGCCUCCGGUGGUGCCUAACGACUACAUGACGAGCCCGGCCAGACUGGGGAACCAGCACAGCCCUGCACGCACAGCUUCCCUCAACCAGAGACCCAGGACACACAGCGGCAGCAGUGGGGGCAGCGGUGGCCGGGAGAACAGUGGAGGCAGCGGAGUCGGGGUCCCUCUUGCAGUUCCCACUCCUUCCCCCCCCAGCAUGGGGCAAGUGGCAACCUCCUCAGCGUCAGUGCCACAGGGCCCCGGCUUGGGUCCUAUACCCAUGUCCCAGUUCGGCACCAUCUCUCGCCAGAUCUCCCGUCACAACUCUUCCACCACUUCCUCGGCCUCCAUGGUGUCGGCCACAGGCACGUACCGCCGUGCGCCCUCCGUGUCCUCCCAGCAGCCUCAGAUCAACGGGGGCCCCGCAUUCCAACAAAACUCAGUGUCUGUGACUCCUCCACCUCCUCCCCCCAUGGUCCAGCUGACCCCACAGAUCCCUCUGACCGGCUUCGUGGCCAGAAUGCAGGAGAGCAUAACAGAAAGCCCAGCCCCACCUCCUCCACCUCCCCCAGAGGACAUUGGUGUGUUUGAGGAGCCUGCUCCUCCUCCACCUCCUCCACCUGUGGACUACGAGGAAGAGGAAGCUGCGGUUGUUCACUACAGUGAUCCGUAUGCUGAUGGAGACCCCCACUGGGCCCCCAAGGUUUACUUAGAGAAAGUUGUGGCCAUCUACGACUACACGAAGGAUAAAGAGGAUGAGCUGUCCUUCAUGGAAGGGGCCAUCAUCUACAUAAUCAAAAAGAAUGAUGAUGGAUGGUUCGAAGGCGUCUGCAACGGCGUCACUGGACUCUUCCCUGGAAAUUAUGUUGAAUCAAUCAUGCAUUACGCUGACUAAAGAAAAUAUUCCAAUGGGAACAAAAACCCCCUAAGAAUGAUGGAGCUCAGUUUUUGAUCAGAUCUACAGAUGUACAGGCGUAUGAAGUGCAGUGGAGAGAAGCAAAGCUCCCAUUUUGAGUAAAGUGCCAUGGUGAAUUCUUAAAAUGAUUUUAUUUUGGUCUGUAGGGGUUGUGCUUGCAUUUAUUUGGACUACUAAAAUACAAAUGUUGCACCAAUAAGAGAGGAGUUUAAUAUUUUACUGGCUGUGGCCUGCCAAUUUACACUGGAGGUAAAACAAGAGGAGCCUCACUAGAAUUUACUCUCAAUUACAAGUUCUUCAGUGCAAACUAUCAUAAAAAAAUGUAAUUAUCCAGUAGAUUCUGAGUCUGAAAACUCAGAUGAGGCUCCUUUAGGUUCAGAAUGCUACCUGUUUAUUUGCACUGCAGAUCACCUGAGCAACUCUUCCCUCCGCUCAAACGGACAAAUAAAACAUCAAGUGCGUUAGGACACGACUGAAUGUUCCACGCUGUCGAUGUCGAAAUCACAAAAACAUUUAAGAGUGGGAGUUUGUAGGGGCUUGAAUUUACAGUGCUCUCUGUCGAAUUAAAAAGGAAGAUUGUACAGAAUGCAUCGAUAGAGAAAAAAGACAAUUUUCUUCUUCAGUUUGGUGGAGUUUCUUCCUGUACUCUAACGUGUAUAUAAAGUGUAAUGUGACCAACUGCCAGUACAGUACAUUUGUCAGUGUGCUUUGUCAGUGGAGGGAAGCGGUGCCAAGGUUGGAUUUCUUUUCAGAUUUAGCUCAUUUUUACUUGAAUGUUCAUUUUUCCUCAUUAGUCACAGUGCCAUUUCCAUUUUAUCCUGGCAAAGUGAUUGUGUUUUAAUGUUCCACCCUUUAUGAUUUGAUCACCUCUGCUGUAUUCAGUGACGCUGUCCGGCUACUGUAGGCUUCAGAAUGCGAAGCAGAGGAAGGACUCACUGUUGCGUCUGUUCAUGUUGUUUACCUUUGUGUCGUAGCUGCACUGAUAGUUAUCAACAACUGUAAUGACUUUGAUUUCGGUCUUGAGUUUGAUUGCAACACAGCGAUUGCCAUGUGAGGAGUGAAGAAGACACCCUUAAGAACUCGUUUAUUCUGCAAACAUUUGCUGGUGUGGUGCUUUCCAGUCGGUGCUCAACCACCAUCGCCCCCAACCCAAACAACCUCAAGUACAACACUGCUCUAUGGACGCACAGAUGUCCCUUAUUUCAAACAUCGCUCGUUUGAUUGUAAACUCCUUCCAUCAUAUCUGUAAUGUGAAUGUAGGCAAAUCAGCAGUAAUGUACUGUCAGUCACUCCUGUUCUCUGGUCCACAUCCUGUGCUAAACAUCACUAACUCCUGCAGAGAAAAUACAUUUAAAGGCAUACAUUAGCUUUGCUAAACUAAGGUUCUAUUGAGAUAUUAGCAAUAGUUCCCUUACCUGUAUGAAAUAUUGCAGUGGGUUUGUAGAAAAGUGAACUUCAAUGAGUGUGUAAGCUAGCCAGUUAUUGUUUUAGCUAAUGUUAGCCAUUUAAAACAACUCAAACUAAAAAUGUUCACACCCUAGGGUAGUGAUGGCUCUUGCACGAAUGGCACCCAGGUCGCGCCCCUCCUACUGCUGUCCCCGAAACAAUUGAAAUGCUAGAAAUUAUCACAGAAUCUGGGGUAUAAUAAAUGCAUUGCAGAACUGCACAAAGCAAAUAACCUAAGCUCCCUAUUUUUAGUUGCAAGCAGGGUGCCUACUAAACACACAGGGGCGCUAACUACGUAUUGACUGCACCUGCAUAAAAGCAGCAGAAAAUAUGUUUAGGGCUUAACUUACAGAUGAGUCAUUUUUAUUCAUCUAAUGCUUGUGCACCCUCCUUUCUAAUGCUGACCUGGGUGACUGCCUAAAUCAAGAGCCACCACUAGUCUUUGGAUACAAUGCUGCAUUAGAGAAUAUGAAUAAUGUUAAUACUGUUGCUGUUUGCUCAGCUGAACAACAUCCCAGUUAAUACACAAAACAAGACUGACAGAGGGUGCCACCACCACUCCCAUCUGCGGCGGUGUUUCCCAAUCGGAAAAAGGCGGCGUGCUUUGUGUGCAUUGGUGGUCAGUCCUUACCUUAAGUAGAGGAGUUCAAGUAUCGUGGUGUCUUGUUCAGGAAUGAUAGUAGGGCAGUGAGGUAGAAGUAUGGAUGCAUCCAGGCCUCGUCUGCGGUAACAUAGCCACUGCUCUGGUCUGUUCAGGUGAAGAAAGAGCUGAGCUAAAAAAGUUCUUGAAUUCACAGUCUAAGUUCAGACCCUAACCUCUGCUCAUGAGAUAUGGAUCAUGAGUGAAAGAACGAGUGGCUGAAAUAAGCUUCCUCUGUAGGUUGUCCUUCAUGGCAACAAACAUCUGUAGUGCCAUGCCAAUAGACGUUCUGCUUUAUCACACAUUCCGUUCUUCAAGCUGAAGGGGACCAAGACACAGAAGACUACUGGUAUCGGAUAUUUUGAUCAGAAGAGUUGACGCUUCUUGACAAGAACAGUUUUGAAAAGGAUCGCUGGCUGCUGCUCAGGGGAACGUUGGCCAAAGGCCAAAUAUCGCCACUGAGCUUACUUUUUGUGGCAUGUCUAACGUCUCCAGUGUGCUUUGCCCUUUACAGAUAGGGUACGGAGUUUUGACAUCCAAGUUAAGCUUGAAGUACCAAGGCUGGUCCCAUUCAUCAAAAUAAGUCAGUCGAGGUUGUUUGGGAUGCCUCCUGAAGGAGAACCACAUAGAGGAGAACCAGGGGCAGGCCAAGAACCGGCCGCAUCAGUCCACUUGAUCAGCUACAAGUCCUCCAAGAGUUUUUUGGGAUUUGUCAUAAAGCUGUCAGUUAUGCAAUUUCAUUGAAGAUGGUAUUUACCUGUGCUUUUACAGGUUUUGUAGUUGUUUGGACAUUAACCCAAUGGACUCGGCAUCUGCUGAUGAAGCAGAUUGACUCAGUCCGCAGAACCUACAGUAGUAAAACAGACUUUGUUUGGCUGAGAAAAGCAGCAGCCUAAUGGUAUCCUGUAAAUUAUAGAGAAUAAAUAUCCACUUAUCUAGCAGUGUAUACCACUGACAUAAACGUUCUGUAGUUUGAGUUAUUUUAAAUUGAUAAAAUACGAUAGAAUGGAGGAGCAGGGCUGUAACCGACUAGCUGGUACCCUUCUACACUGCCAUAGGAUUUCUUCACUUCUCCAGAAACUCACUGCACUUUGACAUCCCUCUACUACAGCUUAAAGAACUGUUACUGAUAACUUCAUAGAACCUCAGUUCCAACACAAUCUGAUCUAUCCCUCUAAGGUAAUAAUUAUGAGGGCUGUUGAUGGUGUUCUCUUUUAAAUGAAAUACCUGCCCCCCACAAAAAUGAUUGUUGGUUUAAGUAAAAGUACAUAUCUUUGAAACUAAAGACUAUUCAUCACAUAAUCAUUUGUACUUUGAAGUGAUGGCUUUUUACCAUGAACUUUAACUUCAAAAGGGAAUGUUAUGAUAUGAACAGUAUUAGGUCAGCCUCUCUGCAUGAUUGUGUAAAGUUUAUAAACAAUGAUUCUCCACUGCAUCCCAGUCUUGAUUGUAUUUUACAUCAUGAGGCCAUUUGUUAAUUAAGAAGACAAUGUUUUCUAUGUAAUGCAUUUUUAGCUUUGCAUUCAACUUGUUUUGUUGUUUUUGUAUGUGAAAAACGGCACAGAACCGUUCGCUCGUAGUUUCUAUGUGAAGGCUUUAUUUAUACGCUUCUGUUCCCAUUCAGAAAUCAUGAGUCGGCCAUUGGUGAGCAGAAAAUGUUGACUCGCUCCAACACCAGGGCAUCACGAGACAUGGCACCCUUCUCCAACGUGUUUUCAUAUGAUCAAACAUGGAAUAAAGAAAAAAUAAAAAUGUGUAACUUAAAUGUUCAUGGGAAUAGAAUCUGUUGUUUGUCCUCCCCUCAGUUUGUACAUAGGAUGUGUUCAUUGAAAUUUAUGUACAGUCUUUUUGUAAUAAACAUCUCAUUGAAGCAAA